ACCAGCCGGCAGCAGGAGGCAGUUCUUCACUUGAAUGAAAACAACCAGAAUGUCCGAGGAGCGUCAGUCAUUCCGAACCUGAGGGUUAAACAUCAAUGAUUAACACCGGUGUUCUGUCCAGUAACACCGGAACCUAGAGCUUCCCUGAAGCGGAUCUUUUUUUUAUUCCAUUGGGUUGCCAUACAACUCCGGCGUGGGAGGGCCUUUCUGAGCCUACCAGCGACCCGUAGAAAGACGUGCUGAUAGCCUGGCCAGGCCCCCGUGUGGUGACAAAGUAAAUUCAAUCCCGAUAAAUGAGAUUAUUGGAUUGACUGCCACAGAUUAUAGCUCUCCUUCUCCAGAGAUUUGAUCAUAGGGGCUUUUAGGAGACGCCGCCUGGAUGAAGACUGGCAGCCAUGCUGGCCAGCUUUAUUGAAGGCCUCCUCUGCUGUCUCCCCUCCAAACCGGCCAACAAAGUGGUUCCCGUGGAAACCUCUGAACCCACAGACGGCUACGAGUUUGUGGAGGUGAAACCGGGCCGGGUACUUAGGGUUCGACACAUCAUCCCAGAUCGGCCGACGGUGGAGGAGCCCUCCCAGGGUGGGAUCGUGAGCUGCAAGAGGAAAAUCACGGUUUAUCGUAACGGACAGCUGUUCAUCGAGAACCUGGGCGAGAGGGCGAGCGCGGAGCUGAAAACCUGCCAGAACGGAGACACGGAACCCAACAGCACGGUGGAGGUCGAGCUGACAGACUGUCGAAACUCCUCGCCUCCAGUCAGCAUCCCAGAGCCCCAAUCGGACCCCGUCCCAGCCGGGAACAACGUGGUUGCCUCUGAAAUAGGAGCAGCAGGAGGAGCAGCUGCUGCAGGACAGACUGAGCAGCAGCAUCCCCGGAAACGGAGAAGGAAACCCAAACGCACCGUGGUGAUCGACUGUGAGAGGAGGAUAGCCUCCUGUAAGGGGACUCACUCAGACCUGGCUCUGUUCUUCAUCCACGGGGUGGGGGGGUCUCUGGAUAUCUGGGGAAGCCAGCUGGACUUCUUCUCCCGACUCGGCUAUGAGGUGAUCGCCCCGGACCUGGCGGGCCACGGCGCCAGCUCGACCCCUCACAUAGCUGCUGGGUACACGUUCUAUGCCCUGGCGGAGGACAUGAGGCUGAUCUUUAAGAGAUACGCCAAGAAGAGGAAUGUUCUCAUCGGACAUUCAUACGGCGUGUCGUUCUGCACAUUCCUGGCUCACGAGUUUCCGGACCAGAUCCACAAGAUGGUGAUGAUCAACGGUGGCGGUCCCACAGCGCUGGAGCCCAGCCUCUGCUCCAUCUUCAACCUGCCAACCUGUGUGCUUCACUGCCUCUCCCCUCUGCUGGCCUGGAGCUUUCUGAAGGCCAGGUUUGCUCGGCAGGGUGCCAAAGAGAAGCAGUUGCUGAAAGAGAACAAUGCCUUCAACGUGUCGUCAUUCGUGCUGCGUGCCAUGAUGAGCGGGCAGUACUGGCCUGAGGGGGAUGAGGUUUACCACGCUGAGCUCACCGCGCCCGUCCUGCUGGUUCACGGGAUGCACGACAAGUUUGUUCCCGUAGAAGAAGACCAGCGGAUGGCAGAGAUCCUUCUCAUGGCGUUUCUGAAGGUUUUGGAGGACGGCAGUCACAUGGUCAUGCUGGAGUGUCCCGAGGCCGUCAACACACUCCUGCACGAGUUCUUCCUGUGGGAACCAGUUACCCUUCCACUACCAAAGAAGGAGUCCAAAACCCGUCCGGAGACGGCCAAAGCUCAAACUGAAAACGCUCGGGUCAUUUCUGAGUCCGCCAAGGUCCGUCCGGCCACGGCCAAGCAAACAUGACCAAACAGAGUCGGGGAGAAAACGGGAUUCAGACGGGAAAUCUGCGCUGGUUUGAGCUGCUGCACCUGACGAUGAACCAGUUUGUCUGAGCCAGUCUGGAAAACCGUUGGAGGACGUUCAGGUUUGGUUUGAGCUGAAACUAAACUACUGAACUACAGGAGUUUCAGCUCAGGAGAUGACGGGUUGUGCCUUAAAAUUUCUCAAUUAAACAGGAAACAAAAACUUACAGCAGUGAUUAAAAUCAACAACAAAACUGUGAUGUGAAAACGGACGGAGAAUCUAUUAGCUUCAUGUUUUAGCACCUUUAAUAUCAAACUGACACAUUGCAUGCUGGGACGUGUCGUUUGGUUGGAUUUAUUUAUCCCUCGGUCCUGAAACAGAGUUUUAUGAUACGUUUUUAAACAACAUAGAGCGGAAAUGUAAACAUUUAGUAGAAUAUUAUGAUUUUUUUUCUGUCUCCAUAGUGGACGGCUAGGGCAGAGGAGUUAAGUACUUGUCUCAUAAGGCUGUGGGAUCAAGUCCCACUCGCUCUGUAGUGAUUGUGUCCUUGGGCAAGACACUUAACCCACCUUGCCUGCUGGCGGUGGUCGGAUGGACCGGUGGAGUCCGUGUUUGGCAGCCUCGCCUCUGUCAGUGCACCCCAGGGCAGCUGUGGCUACAUUGUAGCUAAUCACCAUCAGCAUACGUAUGAAUAUGUGUGUGAAUGAGUGAAUGACAGAUUGUGUUGUAAAGCGCCUUGGGGGGUUGUAGAACCCUAGAGGGUGCUAUACAAAUACAGGCCAUUUACCAUUUAAAUGUGAGUAAUAUCUUUGCACUGUGAUCCAGGUGAUAAAGCAGAAUGAUGUAAGAAGGGAGUAAGAAUGACAUCCUGUACUGCAGUCUGAGUUUGAUGGCUGUUGCCAGCUCCGGAUCAGCGACAGAAGAUUCUAGAUGAUGAGUGAAAAUGAGUCAUACACAGUAAGUUGAUAAGUAGAUAAAUACAUCUAACUGUAAUAUCCAGUUGUUGGUAAUUAAGAAAGUAACUUGAUGUAUAUUUUUGAACCGAAUUUUUGUUACUAAUUCGCCGUUAGCAUUGUUAGCUCAACGUUAGCCUCUAGCCUGCUUUACCCCAUAUUAAAGUAAAACAAAACGAUGCCAUGGCUUCUUACGAGUACAAGAAAUAACAUUUGGGUCACUUCUGUCACUGGCUUCGGAUCGUCACAAAAGAAGUGUAUUUUGCCGGCUGGUGUCAAAUUAAUGUCAGCUCUGCUGACUCGGCAACUUCACAGACUUACAGACAGCAGUGACUACGCCCCUCUUCUGCCCUACUAAGAGAAUAAAAGCCGUCAACCCCCCAGGCUGAGAAGAAAAUCGAUUUCAGUGCAACCUUUCUUCCAACAUGAUCAGACUGAUUUGUGAUUAUUUCACUUCAUGUACCUUUAAUCAAAAGAAAAAAUGAGAUGCAAAUGUUGACUCUUCAAGCUAAAAAAGAGAAAGAAGAAGCUGCUCAGAAGAGAAGUGAAAGAAAAUUUGCUGCUUCCUAAAACCCGUGUUCAGUCAAGUGUUUGCUAUUACAUUUGGUUAAAACUCAUCAAUGAAUCCAAGCGGAGUCUAAAAAAGCACAAACUGGUUCUGAAACCAUGAACAUGACAAAUACUGGUUUUAUGUGUCAGGGUAAUAAGCGUGGCUCUCAUUUUCAGUUAAUGCAAUUAAACCGUGCUGUGUUGCAGGUUUGAAUCCCUGCAAGCCUUUCUGUGGGGAGUUAGCAUGUUCUCCCUAUGCAUGCAAGAGCUUUCUGUGGUUUCCUCCCACAGGCUAAACUCAUGCAUGUUUAGAUAACAUAUUAGCUUAGGAGAGAAGCAUCUACAAAACCCACCAACAGCUGGAUGUGAGGACAAUCUGAGAAGUAGAUUUUGCGUUUUUACACCUAAAAUAAAAUAUUUUUUUAUGCACUUUAAACUUUAGAUGUUUUUUGUAGUUUUGGAUGAAAGUUUGAGUAGAUGCAGCAGAACUGAAGGAAACUGUCCAUUUUUAAUGUUGUGUCUUAUAUUUUGUUACAGUUUGCCUUCAACAGUCACAAACUUCUGAUUUUGAAAUAUUACUCAUCAGAACAAAAAGGACUACAUGUUGUAAUUGUCUCUUUUCUACUGUUUUUGAGAUGGUGUAUUAAACGGUCUUUCAGCUGGCGUGUGACUUCUGUGUGUUCCACAGUGUAAUCAUCACACAUCACCUAUAUUAAUCCAGUAACUGAGAUUAGGAAUAAAAGCCUUUUCAGCUGCUUGACUAAACAAAUUCAGGAUUUUUUUGUUGUGGUUUAAUAAAGACAAAAACAAAGCUGAA